AUGUCGAUUUAUAUGGGUCUUCUUUUAAUUGGGAUGAUUGUUACUAUCAAUGGAUUAAAUUCAACAUCAACAAUCGAAACCGAUUUAAAUGAUAUAACAAAAUUACAUACAGAAUAUCUUAAACGAUUUCCAUCUGAACUUCAUAGUCAAUUAUAUGAUGAUAAAUGUGUUAUGAUUUAUGAAUGUUGUCCAACUGAUCGAGACACUCUCUAUGUUACAUUUAUUGAUGAAAUUAUUAAUAUGCGAUGUUUAAUGAAAGGAACAUCAAAAUCAUCAUGUCGACGUAUUAUUAAUAAAAUGAAUUUAUUAGGACAAGCAGUUGAUCCAAAAUAUUUCGAACUUUUAAUUGAUAUUCAAAGUCAUAUGGAUCGAACAAAAAAAUGGAAAAAACAAAUGGAAAUGGUUUGUUCAGAUAAUGAAUUUUAUGGUUAUUUUUGUGAUCGUGAUAAUACAGAAAAAUUUCAAUCAUGUCAACGUAAAGUAUUGAAAAUGAUUGCUCGAAAAAAUAAUGAUGAUGGAACAUUUUAUAAUCAAUAUGUCGAACAAAUGAAACAAGAUUAUAUCAAUGAUAAUAACAAACUUUCUAAAUAUUCUUUUUCUGAUUCUUAA